AUGGCCGGCACUCGCGACGACCCACUUAUGCUGUUAACCAGCCACCACCCAUCAUCCGCCUCCUCCCCGAUCGCCGUCUCCUAUGCCGACAGCUACCUCCACGACGCCUCCCAAAUUGGCAGCGCCUCCGGCAGCUUCCAAAACGACGCUGCCUUCCUCGGCGGCGGCUACGACCCCGGACUUAUCAGCGAAGCCGAGUACGGAUUCUCCCGCCCCGACUUCAGGCAGGGCCCUCUUGUGGGGACGGUGGAGAUGUACGAGCGCCACGUGUUCCUGUGCUACAAGAACCCUCAGGUCUGGCCUCCCCGCAUUGAGGCUGCUGAGUUCGAUCGCCUCCCCAGGAUUCUCGCUGCCGCUUUGGCCGCUAGGAAGUCUGAUAUGAAGCGAGAGACUCGCCUAACAAUAUGUGAGGGACAUGACGGGACUGAGACAUCAAAUGGCGACGUGUUAAUAUUUCCAGACAUGAUCAGAUACAGGAGAUUAACGCAUUUUGAUGUUGACACAUUUGUGGAGGAGGUUCUAGUGAAGGAUGGUGAAUGGUUGCCUGGAAGCCCAGAGACUCUAAGGGGUUGGUACAUCUUUGUAUGCUGCCAUGGGUCACGGGAUCAACGUUGUGGUGUUUGUGGGCCAUCUGUCAUUAGUAAAUUCCAGAACGAGAUAGAGUUGCGUGGCAUACAAGGGAAGGUGUCGGUUAGCCCAUGUUCACACAUUGGAGGACAUAAGUAUGCAGGCAACGUGAUUAUUUUCGGACCUAAAGAAGUGACUGGGCAUUGGUAUGGAUACGUUAUGCCUGAAGAUGUCCCUCUUUUGCUUGAACAGCAUAUCGGAAAAGGAGAAAUUGUGGAUUUCCUGUGGAGGGGACAGAUGGGAUUAUCUGUAGAUGACCAGAAAAAAUCACUGGAACAGAGGUCCUUGCUCAAUGGUGGCACAUGCACAGAUAGGAACAUGAAAGACAGUAAAGAAAUAAAAAUGAUAGCUGCCAGCACUUGUGUAUCUCGAUCGGAUGUCACAAGUUGCUGUGAGGCGAACGGGGGCUUCUCCUGCUGUCAGAGUCCCGUUUUACAAGAAAAGAUGGGGGAUUUGGAUUGUAAGGAUGCUGAUGAAAAGAAGAGAAAAUCUAAAAAACAAGGCUCUCGGAAUAACCGUGGGAAAGGGAAGCAGUGUUCUAUGCCGACUUGGUAUGAAAGCUGGGAACGUGAGGAUACAUACGCCACUCUUGCUGUUGUGGCUGCUGCCUUGUCACUUGGGUUCAUGUACAAGUGCUUCAAGCAGAUGAGCUGA